AUGCAUCAAGGUCACAACAUUCCCUGGAAUAUUAUCUCGUCCAACUUUCACUUUGUAUCCAACGACAGGCGCUUCACAUCACCGAAGACUUCAUUGAUCGUUCACAAGCCGGACGAGAAAUCGCUCAAGCACUUUAUUCGCAAGUUUGGAACUGCCAUCCGCACGUUCUCAAAGACAGAGCGGACAAAAUACCCAGAGUCAUUCGAACCUCUGCUCACAGGAAAGGUGUUCUCCGAUGAGCUACGGGAAAAAUACCCUCAAUACCUAGACGAGCGUAAUCAGAAUAUCGAGGCUUGGUUUGCUGCCGGAUACAGCACGAGCAACGCCAACCUCGCAGAGGCCGUCAAGAUCCUGCUGCACGAAAACGAAAUGUCUACACUGCUGAUGCUGGCCCAGCACCCGUCGAUCCCUCUUGCUCAACUCAACCAUCUCAGUUGGGGACACCACUUUGGAUUCUCGCGUGUCAAGGAAUCUGCACUUCGCGCUUACAUGUUCUUCAACGCCGCCGAAGCAACAGGGAUUCUGGAGAACGGAAAAUACACGACCAUUCAGCCCGAGUAUUCUUCGCUGCUCUCGGAGAUUGCGAGCUCGAUGGACUAUCCUGCGCAGCAAGUAACGCAUCAAGAGUUCUUACGAGAGUGUGGUGUUUUGCAAGGGGGCACUAGCUGGGUACCUGAGGAAACUUACGUUCACUCGGAUUACGCACGUCUGCAGAGAUAUCUCAAGAAGCUGUUUGAGCUGAUGUACAGAUACGACAUGCUGCUUGCAGAGUGUGGCGCCGAGCCGGAAUGGGAUAUCGAGCUGGCGUACCAGUUUCCACUAAGGGGAAACAUCAAGGUCGGCUGGGACGAGUCACAGCAGCGAAACGUACUAGCUUAG